AUGGCGGAUAAUUUGGAUGAAUUGUAUGCGAGCUUGUCUUUAACGGAGAAGGAGAAUGAGGAGGUGUCGGUGGAGCCGAAUAGAUUGGACGAAUUGGUGAAGAGUGUGAAGUUUCGCGAUUUGAAUGCUGAAUUUACACUGGUUGAAUUUGAAGAUAGCCGAGACAGAGCCAAAGUUGUACGUGAAGGUCCUUGGAGUUUUGAUAAACAUUUGGGUUUAUUGAAGGAGUUUGAUGGUCUGAUACAGAUCAGUAAACUUGAACUGGUAAAGGCUCCUUUUUGGGUCCGUAUUCAUGAUCUACCACUGAUUGCUCGGAAUGAGUAUAUUGGGAAAUUGGUUGGCAGUGCGUUGGGGGAGGUUCUGGAGGUUGAUCUGGAUAAGGGAGAAAUGGAAUGGGGGGAGUACAUGCGAGUCCGAGUAAUAUUGGAUAUUUCCAAACCUUUUUUGCGAAGGAAGCGUUUGAAUGUGGGGAAGGGAGCUUCAUUCUGGGUGAAUUUUUCCUAUGAAAGAUUACCCGAUUUAUGUUUUUUCUGUGGAGUGUUAGGACACACGCUAAAGGAUUGUGAGUUUCCGGACGCUGUAAAGUUAGAUCUGACCAAGCUUCCCUAUGGGCAAUGGUUGAGAGCCGGCUUCUUGAGUACUCGAAGGGUGGUAGGACGGCGUGAAGGCACAAACUCAGGAGCACCAACAGUGGCAGCACCGCUGUCGCCGGCGGAGGGAGGGGAACCAGAGGGGAUGACGAAUCAAUCUGACAUUUACAACGUUCCGUCUGUUAUGGAACCAAUUACGUCGGUUACAGAGCUGGAUACGGCACUAGUUGAGCUAAUAAAUUCUGGGAAUAAAGUUAAUGUCGUGGACGAGCUGAUUACGGAGGCCAACUUUCAGGUCCAAGUGUUCAGGCGACUUUUUCUGCUAUAACGGCUACGAAGGAAUCUCGGAAUAUAUUGGUUUCGAAAGUAACGGAAGCAGAGCAGAGUUUUACUGCAGAAGACUUUGGGUGUAUGGAGCUUACCGAAGAGAAUGGUAGGGAAAAAAUGCAUGGGCUUACUGAAGUCCCAGUUCUACAGGCUUCGGACAUGGGUUUGGGGUUGGGCUUAGGCCCAUACGGCUACAACCCACAGGCUUCUAAGUCUCACUCAGUUUUUCAUUCAGCCCCUUUACCAACUAAAUUAAACUCGAGGAUCCCUUUAGCAGAGGCUAGGGCUGCGAAACUCAAGCGGCAACAUGGGAGAGGCCGGUCGGCUGUACCGGGGUGUGCUGAUGGAGGUCAAACGGAGGAUGUUUCUGUGUCUCUCGGCAGAAAACGAAAGGGCCUUUUGCUGUUGGAAGGUGUUGCAAAGAAAGGUAAAGUUUCUUGUGACUCAAAUGAUGUGGAUUCGAAAUCAGUUUCAUCGGUGGUGGCUGUUGAACAACCCCACCGGUCACAAUGAAAGGAUUAAGCUGGAACCUCCGUGGGCUUGGGAACCCACGGAGUGUUCGUAUGCUUCUUGAUUUAAUUGCGAAGGAAGCUCCUGAUUUUAUUUUUCUGCAAGAAACGAAAAUGCAUGCUAGAAAAGUGGAGACGUGUAAAUUUAAGUUGGGAUUUAGUAACUGUUUUGGUGUUGAUUGUGUGGGGAGGAGCGGUGGGCUGGCUCUAUUUUGGAAGGAUGAGUUGAAGUUAUCUAUCAUUAAUUAUACUCAUCCCCAUAUUCAUGCAAUUAUUAUUGAUUGUAAUGGGGAAAAGUGUUUGAUAACUGGGGUUUAUGGCCAUCCGGAUAGGACCAUGAGAAUGGAUGUGUGGAGGGUUUUAAAAACUUUGGGCCAUGGGGUUAAUAUACCUUGGUUAGUGUUUGGAGAUUUUAAUGAAAUCCUUGACAAUUCUGAAAAAUCUGAAGGAAGUUUACGGAGUAAAACUCAGUUAAGAGAGUUUAGGGAGGUGUUGGAAGUAUGUGAGCUGAGAGACUUGGGGUUUGUUGGGACUCGUUUCACUUGGAGCAAUCGGAGAGAAGGGGCUGGUUUAAUUAUGGAGAGAUUGGAUAGAUUUCUUGCUAAUACUUUAUGGUGUGAUCUAUAUCCAAAUCUUAGAGUUUAUCAUGGUGUAGCGGCACAUUCUGACCACUCUCCUUUGUGGUUAGAUACUGAGGGUGUUUUAAUUCGGAGAAGGGGGAAGAAAUUUUUUCGUUUUGAAGCCAUGUGGGUGGGAGAGACAGCAUGCUCUUCUAUUAUUGAAAAUGUGUGGAGGCGUGUUGAGGAUUCUGUUCCUUUGAGUAGUAUUACGAGCUGUAUUUCUACAUGUGCAGAGGAUUUGGGCGUUUGGAAUAAGUCAUCUUUUGGUCAUGUUCAACAAGAAUUAGCCAAGGCUAAGAUGAAGCUGCAGAGUUUACAAGCUACUGAUCCUAAUUGUUUGUUCCCAGCUGAGUUUAAUAAGGCCCAUGAUGAAGUUCAGAAGUGGCUGGAAAGGGAUGAGUUAAUGUGGAAACAGAGGUCUCGUGUUCAGUGGAUUAGGGAGGGGGAUUGUAAUUCUAAGUAUUUUCAUUCCAAGGCUUCGGCUCGAAGACGGAAGAAUACUAUUGUUCAGCUGCAAGAUGACUCUGGAAACUAGAAGAAUGGGGCUCAGAUGGAUGUUUUAAUCACUGAAUAUUUUCAGAAUCUUUUUUCAGUAGCAGACCAAGUGGAGAUGACGGAGAUUUUAUCGAGUAUUGAUAGGAAGGUCACAACUGAUAUGAAUGUAGAGCUCUUAAAACCCUUUGUGGCCAAGGAAGUGGAGAAUGCUCUCAAACAAAUGCACCCCUCAAAAGCACCCGGACCUGAUGAUAUUCGAAGGCUUAUGCAUGGGUUUGAAGAAACAAGACUUGAGCAUGUUCAUCGCUUGGGUAAUGGUGCUGCCCAUCAAUUGGCAAGAUAUGCUAAGGAAGUUGAAGACAUUGUUAUGUGGUGGGAUUCAUGUCCUUCUUUUGUAAGUCAAGCCAUUUGGCUUGAUAAAUAUUCUUUUUGUAAGGACUUUUUGA